AUACUUCCAUUAUCCUCAAGCGUCGAUGUAAAAUUUAGUUAACUUUUCUUACAGUGUACGGAUUUGAACUGCUUUCAAAUCUAAUUUCAUAUUUUAUUGUUGAAUUAAUGUACUAUUCUAUUCAUUAAUUUAAAAUGUUUUUGAAAAAACAUUCAUUUCACUUCUCAUAAUAGGUAAUAAUAUUAAUUAAAUUAAUUAUUUACUAUAUUUUCUUUUGUAAUAUUUUCCAUCGUUUUGCCGAAAAACAAAUCCUUCUAAAGUUAGUUUAGAUAAUAAACGAGAAUUUUAUGUUUUUACAUUUAAAUUCCGGAAAUGGUAAUGGGAGAAAUGAGAAAAAUUCUUUUCCUAAGGUUGGUAGAACUGAUGCCUAUAUAUAAUAGUCAGUAACAAAAUAUUGUUAUCGCUGUCACGAUCUACGUUGUCAAUGAUGUUAUUAACCUAAACAUGUAGAAAUAAAAUAGUAUUGUAAAAGGCGUAAAUAAGUUAAAUAUUGACUGUAUAGCUCGCUGUAUGGUUUUAUUUAAAUAUCUGGUAUUUCAAAGAAACUUUGAAACGACUUUUUAUCAGUUUACAAUUGUAGUACAUGCAAUGUUUUCAUCAUGUUAACUACAAGUUUCAAGGAUGGUUUAGCUUCGUCGGCAUCUUUUUGUACAAUCUUGCAAUUUUUGGCCGGAAUCUUGGUAUGCAGAAGGUUUAUAAAAAAUGGUACUACAGGAGAUACCUCUGGAUUAGCGUUCAUUAGUUGUUUUAUGUCUUGCAGUAACUGGUUAUGCUAUGGAUUAUUAAUACAUGACUCGUUUAUAGUUUUGGUGAAUGUUUUCGGAGCAACUUUACAAUUGUUCUAUGUCAUAACAUUCAUGUUGUACAGCGUGAAAAAGUCAACGAUACUAAAACAACUUAUAGGGUCAAUAACUUUUGUGACCUUUGUAUUUACUUAUAGUAUGCUUGAACCAAAUAGAGCUUUAGCUGCCCAACGAAUAGGGUUUCUCAGUUGCAGUACCACAAUCUUUUUCUUUGCAUCCCCUCUAACAAUGCUGGCCUACGUGAUACGAAUUAAAAGUGCCGAAAGUUUACCAUUUCCAAUUAUAAUUUCAUCUCUCAUCUGUUGCUGCCAAUGGUUCGCCUAUGGGUGUAUCCAGAAAGAUCUCUUUAUACAAUUGCCAAAUUUUUUGGGAAUAGCCCUCUCUAUGUUCCAAGUUUCUUUAUUUUUUAUAUAUCCAGGUAAAAAAGUCGACCAGGUGCAUUUUAUAUAAGAAACAGAACCGCCGAAAAGUUUGAAUUCUCCCUGUGAGCUAUAAAAUUCGAUUCAAUGAAAAUUGCUGUUUGUACUUAUUAAUUUUUAAGAAGAUAAGUGAAAUUCAGAAUUUUCGGCGGUUUUUUAAUAAAGGAAUAAAUGUGUUUAUAUUUAUACUUGAAAAGUAUAUUUUAGAUAGAAAUUUAUUGUUUUGGAUAAUGUUUCAUAUCAUUUGAUGUUUUUAUUUGUCAACUACGUAAUAUCUAAAUUGUUAAUAGAUACGUUAAUUGUCUAUUUCAACAAUGCGCUUUAUAUGUAUAUAGUAUAUAAUUAAUAUCAAAAGUCAAUUUAAUGGUCGAUGUCGAAAUGAAGUAGUAAUGCAUUCUUAAAAUACAUUUUAAUAAGAAAUGUAGAUUUUAAGACAAUCUUUUUUCGACCGCGCCUAAAAGCCUAAAUUCGAAUGAUCGAAAAAAUCCUUGUCAUUCUUGUCAAGUUUUUGCUACAAAGACAGAUAGUUAAAUAACCAUUUUAUCUGUUCUAUAUUAUUUAUAUAAUAACUCGUCAAGUUCAUUAUGUUACAUAGAAUAAAAUUUUUAAAUGCAAUGUGAUAUCUUUAAUUCACGCGUUGUUAACUUGUCAACUGGGUUGACAGAGGUCAGACGAUGAAAGUACAUUUUCGCGACCGUCUUGUUUAAUGAAUUUUUCUAUUUAAAAGAUUGGCCUAAAAUCUUCAUUAAUGUUCAAUGAAACCACAUAAUUAAAAGUCAUUUUAUUUUAAAAUUCGUUUCACUUAUCGAUCAUUUAAUUGACUGAAGAAACUUUUUUUCUACGGACAGAAUUGUAAUUUAUUUAGCUUUUUACAAAAUUUAAAUAUUUUUAUAAAUUAUGAAUGUUUAAUGUAAAAAAAAACAAAGU